GCGCACAGUGUCCUCAAGAUUGUGCGUACGCACCCAGGACCCCGGCGCCGACCAGCUGCAGCCCCUCCUCCGGCCUGAGGGGGCAGAACGGGUUCCUACGUGACGGAGGGAGGAACCUGCUGAGAAGGUUCACACUGAUAAAGGCUGGGCUGCCCUGAGGGAGGAGUCACCUUGAGAGAUGGGGUCACAAUGACUGGUGGAGUCACUCUGAGAGGUGGGGUCUCACUGCGUGGGAGGAACACACAGAGGAGGGGGUGCAGCACUGAGGGGUUCUGUACACACUGAUGGUGGCAAUAUCAUACUGAGGAAAGGUCCCCGGGAAGGGCAGGAGUCUCACUGACCAAGAGCAAGAGUGGGGACUCGGAGGCAGGGGCGGGAAAGCGUUCUUUGAGGGGGCCGGAUCUUGCUGAGCAGUGGGGUCUUGCGGAAGGAGGGGCUUCCGUGCAGGUGGAGGCUUCUCUUGAGACGGUCGUUUGCACAAAGUAGUCAGAGGGAAGUCCAGGCUGGGUGGUCACUGGGCGGCGGCACUGGAAUCUGAACUUCACUCGGCGGAGGCGGGAUGGAGUGAGGAGGAGUCGGGGCCAAGCCAGGGAUGGGCCGGCCAAAGGCUCGCUACAGCCCCGGGGUUUCGUAACCAGCCGAGAAAGUAGAAGGAGUUAGAGAGUCCAGAGGUUUAAGGUGUAGGGGUCGAAGAGACCUGGGAAAUGGGCAGGCUGGGCCGGGGCGCAGGCCGGGACGGUGGACAGGUUGCUGGGCUGCCUCUGGUUGUGCCUGGGCCUGAGGGGUCUACUUUUCUGCCCUGCUGUUUCAUGGAGCCCAAGCAUUGGGCGGGUUCCUGAGCCCUGCCCUCUACGGACAGUGACCCGAGGGAGAGGAGAAAGGACUCUCAGGGCAGCUAAAAGACGUUUGAGCUUCGCUUACGCACAAUCAACCCUUAAUUCCCUUCCGUUAUUCAAGCUCAGCCCCGAACUUACUUGACCCCCGCGCCGCCGACCUACUCGCCUAGUCGUCGCGGCCACCGAGUGGGGGUGGGGCGCGUACCUGAGGGGGCGUGGCCGCUGCCCCGAGGCCGGGCUAGAAGGAGUUAAGCCGAGGCCCGGCCCAGCCCCGCCCCCGGCAGGCCGCGGAGCCUGAGCCCCAGCGGCUAAGCUGAGCAGCCGCCGCCCGCCCGCCCGCCUCCGCCUGCGGGGAGCCAGCCCGCCCGCUCCCGGGUGAGCCGCCGCCACCGUCGCCGCUGCCACCACCGCCGCCGUCCGACCCAGGCCCUGCGCGGAGCGGAGCAGCGUCCACCCCGGCCCAGCUAGCCGGCGCGGCGGGGGCGGGCCCGGGAUCUUCGGGAGAUCUUCCAUUCUCGGGGCGGGAGAGGGAGUCCCGGCGCCCGGGAUCGGGCUGGGCCAGCGCCGAUGGCGAGCGCGGCCUGCCCGGGCCCCGGGGACCCUGCCAUGUGAGGCAGGCCCGGGCUGGGGGCCCGGCCAUGGCCGGGGAACGGCCCCCACUGCGGGGCCCUGGACCCGGGCCUGGAGAGGCGCCGGGGGAGGGGCCCCCGGGGCCGGGGGGCGCUGGCGGAGGCCCGGGUCGGGGCCGCCCCUCCUCCUACCGGGCUCUCCGCAGCGCGGUGUCCAGCCUGGCGCGUGUGGACGAUUUCCACUGCGCGGAGAAGAUCGGGGCCGGCUUCUUCUCUGAGGUCUACAAGGUUCGGCACCGACAGUCAGGGCAAGUCAUGGUGCUGAAGAUGAACAAGCUCCCCAGUAACCGGGGCAACACGCUACGGGAGGUGCAGCUGAUGAACCGGCUCCGGCACCCUAACAUCCUAAGGUUCAUGGGGGUCUGUGUGCACCAGGGACAGCUGCACGCUCUUACAGAGUAUAUGAAUGGGGGGACCCUGGAACAGCUGCUCAGCUCUCCUGAACCCCUAUCUUGGCCAGUCAGGCUCCGCCUGGCUCUGGACAUUGCCAGAGGCCUGCGGUACCUGCAUGCCAAAGGUGUUUUCCACCGAGACCUCACAUCCAAGAACUGUCUGGUCCGGCGGGAAGACCAAGGCUUCACAGCUGUCGUGGGUGACUUCGGGCUGGCUGAAAAGAUUCCUGUGUAUAGGGAAGGGGCAAGGAAGGAGCCAUUGGCUGUGGUGGGUUCCCCAUACUGGAUGGCUCCAGAGGUGUUGCGGGGUGAGCUGUAUGAUGAGAAGGCUGAUGUCUUUGCCUUUGGGAUUGUCCUCUGUGAGCUCAUUGCCCGAGUGCCUGCGGACCCUGACUACCUACCCCGUACCGAGGACUUCGGCCUGGAUGUGCCUGCUUUCCGAACUCUGGUGGGGGAUGACUGCCCACUGCCUUUCCUGCUCCUGGCCAUCCACUGCUGCAGCAUGGAACCCAGCACCCGUGCCCCCUUCACUGAAAUCACCCAGCACCUGGAAUGGAUCCUGGAGCAGCUGCCUGAGCCAGCCCCCCUCACCAGGACUCCCCUGACACACAAUCAGGGGUCUGUUCCAAAAGGGGGUCCUUCUGCUACACUUCCCAGGCCAGACCCCCGGCUCUCCCGAAGCCGGUCAGACCUCUUCCUGCCCCCAUCACCAGAAUCACCCCCCACCUGGGGGGACAAUCUGACUCGAGUCAACCCCUUCUCACUACGGGAAGACCUCAGGGGUGGCAAGAUCAAGCUCUUGGACACACCCAGCAAGCCCGUCGCCCCCCUGUCCCUUGUACCACCAUCACCACUGCCCUCCACCCAGCUGCCCUUGGUGACCACUCCAGAGACCCUGGUCCAGCCCGGGACACCUGCCCGCCGCUGCCAUUCACUACCCUCAUCCCCUGAGCUCCCAAGACGUAUGGAGACAGCACUGCCAGGUCCUGGCCCUCCCCCCGUGGGCCCCUCGGCUGAAGAGAAGAUGGAGUGCGAGGGCAGCAGCCCUGAGCCAGAACCCCCGGGACCACCUCCCCAGCAGCCCCUGUCCGUGGCCACAGACAACUUUAUCAGCACUUGUUCCUCGGCAUCCCAACCCUGGUCCCCUAGAUCAGGACCUCCUCUCAACAACAACCCCCCAGCUGUGGUGGUAAACUCCCCACAAAGCUGGGCUGGGGAGCCCUGGAACCGGGCCCAGCACAGCCUGCCCCGAGCUGCAGCCCUGGAGAGGACAGAACCCUCGCCGCCCCCUUCAGCUCCCCGGGAGCCGGAUGAGGGGCUGCCCUGUCCCGGCUGCUGUCUUGGCCCCUUCAGCUUUGGCUUCCUGUCCAUGUGCCCCCGCCCCACACCAGCUGUUGCCCGCUACCGCAACCUGAACUGUGAGGCGGGCAGUCUCCUCUGCCACCGAGGGCACCACGCCAAGCCACCCACGCCCAGCCUGCAGCUGCCUGGGGCACGCUCUUAGCAGUGGGGCCUGCGGUCUCAGGCCUCCACCUUCGGCCUUCAGGACACCCCAAGGACAGAGCUCACUUGCUGGACAGUGCCAGCCCCAGAUGGGCUGACUGGCUCUUCUCCCCAUGUAGGGGAGCCUCAGCAUGGACUGGAAGGACAGAGCACUUCUAGUCCAACCCCUGGAUGGGCUCGCCAUCCCUUGGGGAUCACUGAACCAGACACAGCAUUGCUGACACUUGAGACUAACACGUGCAAUUAUUUAAAAAUAUUUCAAUAAAACUGCCUGGCUGGCUCCGGGCCGCCCCUA